UCAUACUGCAGCUAGAGCGGGACUGGUGUUGAUGAUUCUGAUACAGGGUCGGCUGUUCCUGGCUGGGUUCACAUCUCUUGCAAGUUGUUUUAACUUUAGUUGCCAUUGUCUUGCUGAUUUACAUUGGAUAUAACCCUCAAUCAAUUAUUUGUUUCCACUUUACUUGUUCAAGAUAUCUAAUCAAGCACGGUGUCUACGAUGGAGAACGAAAUAGCUACCAGCACUCCCUCUCCUCCUCCUGCUCCAGUGUCUCAAGACCCCAACAACAAUACCACUCCCUCUCACCAUGCCCCCCGCUUUGGCACCAUCAUCCCUAACCGCAUCUUUGUGGGAGGAAUUGAUUUCAAGACCAAUGAGAACGACCUGAGACGCUUCUUCUCCCAGCAUGGAGCGGUGAAGGAGGUGAAGAUUGUGAUUGACCGUACUGGGGUGUCAAAAGGAUAUGGCUUUGUUACCUUUGAGACCCAGGAGGAUACCGAGAGAAUCCUUCAUGAUGCUGACAGACUGUGCUUCCGGGACAAGAGGCUCAACAUCGGCCAGGCCGUCCGCAAGCAACAAGUGGGAGGGCACUCAAACAGCUUCUCUGUGUCCAGCCAUACUCCUACCAUGAUGCCCACCCCCUGUGGAACCAUGUACCUCACCACCUCUACGGGGUACCCCUACACCUACCACAACGGAGUGGCUUACUUCCACACCCCAGAGAUGAGCCCCUCCGCCCCCUACCACUGGCCUUCCCACUCAGUACCUGGCUCUCCAGUCAUGCUGACCCACCAGCCUCCACCCAUCUACCAGCAGCCAGCCUACCACCACUACCAGGCCCCUACACAGUGUCACCCUAGUCACCUGCAAUGGAACGUUCCUCAGUCUCCAGUGCCCUCCAGCCCAGUGUUGUACAUGCAGCCCUCUGAGCUCCUGUACCAGCCCAUGGAGCAGCCCAGCGACGGGGGCUGUGUCCAGCCUGCCAUGCCCCUCAUAGAGGCCCCCAUCCCAGAGCAGCAGUUCAUCGACCACAUGGUGCAACCAGCCUACAAUCACACGAUAUCAUACUACCCACAAAGUCCAGGGGGGAUGACACCCGUGAUGAUACAGCAAGAACCAGGAAAGGAACAUAAGUUCCACGUCAUGAGGCGAGGUUACCCCUCCUCGCCCGUCAGCCUGAAGCCCAGGUACGGCCGCAACCCGCACUACGCCCAACUGCGCAAGGAGUACCGCCCCCGAAAUCACCAGCGACCACUCCCCUCCGCCACCACCGAACCAGUCAAGUAG